AUGGAUUUCAGCUGGGAAGUGGUCCAAAACGUUUCUCAGUCUUGUUCAGCGGUCAUUGCUGUUCCAUUGAACACACUUCUCAUUUAUUUAAUUGUAAAUCACUCACCUAAAGAGAUUGGAGCAUACCGGUAUUUGAUGAUUUAUAUAUCCGUAUUUGAAACUGUUUACGCCUUGCUCGAUGUGGUUGUUUCCCCAUUUGCUCAUUCCUACGGAUCCACUUUUAUUGUGCUUGUCAACAUGAAUCACACGACAAUACCUAACUGCUCAUACAAAUCCUUUUCCAUUUGGUGUGGAUUCUACGGUUCAUCUAUGGCGGUGUUCGGAAUACAUUUUGUCUAUCGAUACUUAGUUGCAACCGGAUCAGCCCUUCUCAAAACUUUUCAGUCCUGGAUGAUUGUCCUUUGGCUUUCGAUCCCCGUAGAAAUUGGGACCACCUGGACAGUUCUUACAUAUUGGCCGUGUGCUCCAAGAGAAGCAACAGACAGAUACGUGGGUGCUAAUAUCAAUGAAACAUUACAUCUGGCCCUUGAUGAAGUGGAGUACAUUUCCCCCUAUUUCUAUGAGUUGGGGGAAAAUGACGAACUGGUCAUUUACUGGCCAAGUUUUGUUGGGAUCGGAAUCAACUCUUGUAUUAUUAAUGCUUCUAUUUUCACAAUCGUCUACUUUGGCUACAAAUGCUACAAAAUUUUGAAUAGUUUGGUACCAAAGACCAGCACAUCUGAAAAAAAUCGACAACUACAGAAGCAAUUAUAUUUAGCCCUCGUCACCCAAACAUUGAUUCCUUUGGUCCUAAUGCACAUUCCUGUAUCGGUCUUGUAUUUUUGUUCUUUUGCCAGUGUGGAACUAGGACCUCUCAGUGGAAUUGCUCCAGCGUCGAUUGCUUUAUACAUUAUCCUGGAUCCUCUCCCAACUAUGUUCAUCAUUGGACAAUACCGAUUGAUUUUGUACAAAUGGUUAAUAUGGAUCCCCACAAAGUUGAACUGCAAAAAGCCAGUACAACCAGAAAGUGUUGAAAUGACGGAGAAUGUUCCAAAUUCCACAGGAAUCGAUUCAAACAGUAAUAAUCCUUUGUCAUCGUAG